GUGAAUUUGAUUCCCUUAAAUUUGUUCAAAGAAGAAAAAUGGUUCGUGCGUGGUAUAUGGAUAAUACUGAUGCCGAUCAGCGCUUGGAACACCAUAGAGAACCACCUGAAUAUAUUUCCCUCGAAAACUUGUUCAAGAGAACAGGGGUUGAAUACUUUAAGAUUGAUCAUAAAAAUUACGAAGAUGAUGGCACAUUAACAAAAUUGAAAAAAGAACGCGGUUACACUUAUGAGGAUGAAAUAGAAUGUUCUAAAGAAUGUCUUCCAAACUAUGAAGAAAAAUUGAAAAAUUUUUUUACCGAACAUCUUCACACCGAUGAAGAAAUAAGACUAGUAUUGGAUGGAUCGGGAUAUUUUGAUGUCCGAGAUAAGGAUGAUCAGUGGAUACGUAUCGAAGUUAAACCCGGAGAUUUAAUCAUUAUUCCUAGUGGUAUAUAUCAUAGAUUCACUUUAGACAUUAAUAAUUACAUAAAAGCAAAACGUUACUUUGUGGGAGAACCUAUUUGGUUACCCUACAACAGACCAGUCGACGAUAUGGAGUGUCGUAAAAAUUAUCUUAAUCGUUUAAACAACAAAUUUCAGAGCUACUCAAUUUAAUAGUUGUAAUAUAUGCAGUGAGAUUAGCAUGAUA